AUGUCAGGUGUUCAUAUGGAAGUGGGGACAUUGCUUCUUGCUUUUGGUAUAGCAUUCAUAUUUUAUGUGAUCUUCCGGUGGUUCAUUGAACGAUUUGAGAUCGGAAAUCUCGAGACUAGAGCUGUAUUUAUUACCGGAUGCGAUAGUGGUUUUGGAAGAGAUUUGGCUAUACGAUGUGCUAAAAAAGGUAUGCCCGUAUUUGCUGGAUGCUUGCUUGAGAAGUCUAUAAGUGAGUACCGGGAACUAUCAGAGAACUUUCGCAUUCCUAUUGAUGCAUUUAUCGUGGAUGUCAGUAAGGAUGAUAGCGUCGCCAAUGCAAAGAGAUACUUGGAACUGAAGACGGAGCAGUACGGAGGUUUGCACGGAGUUGUUAAUAACGCUGGCAUUCUCGGCAACACCUUUUUCGACGAUUUCCUUACUUUGGAAGACUAUAAGAAUGUGGCAGAAGUCAACACAUGGGGUGUGAUCCGAGUGACUCACGCUUUGAAAUCUUUGGUGAAGAAAACCAGGGGUCGAAUAGUGACUGUAACGAGCGGAUUCUCGCGAAUCGGAUUCCCUGGAAUUGGUCCCUACACAGUGGCCAAGUUUGCAUUAACCGGAUACUGUGAAGUUAUUAGAGCUGAGCUGCGUAUGUUUGGAGUUUCAGUGCAUAUCAUAGAGCCAGGAUUCGUCAAGACUUGGUUGAUUAGCGCUGAGAAUGUUGAGAGGGAGCUUGAUGAGCUCUACAGUAAAUGUCCAGAAGAAACCAAGAAGGAAUAUGGGAGAGAAUUUUUCCUUGAAAUGCGCCAAAAAGUUCCAUCUGUGCUGAAUUUUAUAAGCAGCAACAGGAUCGACUUGGUCACUGAUGCUUACUUCCACGCUUUAACCGCGGUAUAUCCGAGAUCACGAUAUCAAGUAAACUGGGACAGCAUUCUCUUGUAUGCGCCUCUCUCAUUUCCACCUACACCUGUGUACGAUUUUCUCACACGCCUUGGAGAAAUUAUACUGGGCAUUCCGACACCGGCAGCCAUGCAGAAGACCAAGAAGCGAUGUUCUCCAUCUAUUAUUGCCUCUUUUUCAUAAACCUUAUCACUAAAUGUUAGCUUGAC